UUUUUGUGUGAUGUAAACAAAUUCCAAAAAUUGAACGCAUGCAGACCAUCGCGAAAUUGAACAAUUUAUUUUCUCCCUCUCGUACCGGUGUGUAUCAAUUAUUAGAUAAUCAGAUCGCUGAAAAAUCUGUUUUUAUCGAAUGUCAAGAAGAUUUUCGAUUCCAAAUGCAACUGUAAGUUGAUCAACUUGGUUAGUCAGAAGAAUAAAGGUUAUCCUUGGAUUACCCUUUGUUAGAGCUCAACAUGUCCAAGGACAUCCGGUCCUUUUUCAAUGCCAGUCCUAAAGCUGCCACAAGUAAACUAUCAAGUAAAACCAAUGGUAUCGCAAAUACAAAGAAGAAGAAACGGGCUGUAAUUGAAUCAGACUCGGACGAAGAAGCACCUCCAAUUGUUGUCAAGAAACCCAAGCAAAAUGAAGUCAAAAAGAAAACCGAGACUACUUCAAAGUAUUUUCCAGCAAAUGCAAAAGAUGUCUUUGGUAGCGAUCCAGUAAAACGAGUUUCUAGGAGCCCUGUCAAGAAGAAAGCGAGGACGGAUGAGUUGAAGAUCGAAGAGCAUGAUGAUUCCGAUUUUGAAGCUGCCCUUCUACAGUUAGAUGUAGAGCAAGAGGAGUAUAAUCAACUAUUGAAAACAAGCAGCAGUCACAAAAAUGGUGAAUCAUCAAAGACUGCAUCACCAGAAAAAUCCAAGGAAUCACCAGAAAAAUCCAAGAAAUCACCUUCUAAACCGGAGGAAUCACCUUCUAAAUCUAUUGUCAGGAAGGAUGAACAGAAAAAGGAAUCGCCGAGUAAAACUGAUUCACCAAAACGAGAGUCUAGCCGUAUCCGUAAUAAGUCUGAAUGUUCUACAAAGGAGUCACCCAUUAAAAAAGAGUCCCCACCAAAGAAGAGAGGCUCUUUGAAAAAGGAAGUGAUUUCCGAAGAUGAGGAAGAGGACAACAGAAAAGUGUCUCCAGCUAAGAGAAACUCCCCUACUAAGAAAGAAACUUUGAAGGAGAGUCCUAUGAAGAAGUUAGAAGUGCCUAAAGUUUCGUCUGAGUCAAAAGUCAGAUCGAAAUUACAAGCUUUUGCUAAAACUGGAUCAAAAUCUGUUUCAGAACCCGAAGCAAAGAGGGUCAAGGUAGAGGAGGAGAAGCAGUCUUCAAUCAAGAAAGAAACACUCCUGUCUUCGUCAGAAACACCGAGCUCUCAAAGCUCCGGUUAUGAAAGUUCAGGCUCUAUCAGUUCUGGCACUCAACCUAGCUCUUCAAACCCUAGCACAGUACCUACCCCUGUGCCUAUCAAUGAUCAGUUGUGGGUGGAAAAGUACAAGCCACAAUCAGUAAAGAACAUUGUCGGCCAGCAAGGACCCAAAAGUUGUGUUGCUAAACUUAUGAAUUGGCUGCAAAAUUGGCACAAGAAUCAGUUUGGUGGGAGGAAACUUGUCCGUCCGAGUCCUUGGGCUAAAGAUGAUGAUGGUGCCUAUUUCAAAGCUGCACUCUUGUCUGGGAGACCCGGUGUAGGUAAAACAACAACAGCUCACUUGGUAUGCAAAGAACUUGGUUUUGAUAUGGUUGAGUUCAAUGCUUCAGAUACUCGUUCCAAAAGGCUUUUGCAUGAGGAAGUUACCGAAUUACUCUCCAGCAAAUCUUUAAAUCCAUAUUUCUCAGGUGGCAAGGCUGUUACAAGUAAACAUUGCUUAGUCAUGGAUGAGGUGGACGGAAUGGCAGGAAAUGAGGAUCGUGGAGGCAUGCAAGAACUGAUCCAGCUUAUCAAAACAUCUAAAGUUCCUAUUAUUUGUAUGUGUAACGACAGAAGUCACCCAAAAAUGCGGAGUCUCCUCAACUAUUGUUUUGAUCUCAGCUUCUCCAGGCCUCGAAUUGAGCAACUGCGGGGUGCCAUGAUGUCAAUUUGCUUCAAGGAAAAGUUAAAACUCCCGAAAGAUGUCCUCGAUAAUAUCAUAACCAAUUGCGAGCAGGAUAUCCGAUUGAUUUUGAAUCACCUUUCCAUGCUUGCUGCAAACAAUUUAACAGACAUAGAAGCCAUCAAAAAACACACAAAACUAGGACCAUGGGAUGUUUUACGGAAGGUGUUCUCUGCUGCUGAUCACAAAACGAUGAGCAUUUACGAUAAAAGUGACUUGUUCUUUCAUGAUUAUAGUAUAGCUCCAUUGUUUGUGCAAGAAAAUUAUCUAAGCGUCGUCCCAAAUAUACCAGACUCAGCAAAAAAAAGCAAGCGAAUGGCGCUGUUUGCAGAUGCAGCUGAAAGUAUCAGUUACGGUGAUCUAACUGAUAAAAUUUUAAGAUCCACCAACAGCUGGAGUCUAUUACCAACGCAGGCCAUGUUUGCGAGUGUAAUUCCUGGGACCGUUCUUGAAGGGUACAUUGGAAACAAGAUUAAUUUCCCAGCUUGGCUAGGAAAAAAUUCUCGAAGGAAUAAACUCGAUAGAUUUUUGCAAGAGAUCCAUCAACACACAAGAUUGAGGGUCUCAGGCAGCAAGCAAGCAAUAAAUCUUGAUUACCUUGUUCCUCUACGAGAUCUAAUCUUGCAGCCUUUGAUCAAAAACGGCACUGAAGGAGUUCCGCAAGCCCUGGCUGCUUUGCAAAAUUACGAUUUAGUCAAAGAAGAUCUAGAAAGUCUAUUAGAAUUGAGUCAAUGGCCUGAUAAAAAAGAUCCCAUGUCUCUCAUUGAAAGCAAAACAAAAGCAGCAUUGACUCGUGCGUACAACAAAACAGGACCUGCAUGUCCCUACGCAAUACCGAGCGUUAAAAAAGGCUCAAAGAGAGGCCCGAGUGAUGAAACAGAUGAGCUAGGUAUCGAAGAUGGAGACGCUGAAGGAGAUGACCCUGAUGAUGAGGAAGAUGAUAAUCUUGAUGAUGGAAUGAUUGUCGUCAAGAAAACCGCCAACAAAGGUGGGGCUUCCUCGUCGAAAGGAGCAUCUACUUCAAAGGGGGCUUCUACAUCGAGAGGAGCACCAAAAGCUGGUGCACGCGGAGGAGGAAGAGGAGGAAAACGAGGGAAAAAGUAAAAAUUUUGAAUGAAGAACUCGUAUCUUAGGAUGUUAAGUAGCCAUUAACUAACUGCAAAACAAAUUUUGAGGAUCUUCUGAAGAAAGAAUUUCUAUUUUAGUCAUUUUACCUUUCAUAGCAUUCUUUUUUGUAUUUUAUUCUGACAGUAUCUUCAUAAAAUCACAGUAUAAACAAAGUUUCAACCUCACUCUUACUCAUAAAAAUUAAUUCACCAAAAAACAGGGAAAGAAAGCUUAUGCAGAGCAGUUGAUAAAAUUUUAAAAUAUGGACAGUAGAAGGGAAUUUUGAAGUUUAAUGCUAGAGAAGUAGAUCUCUUAGCUAAAUUUCUUCAGAGCCAUUUAUUUUUGAGGAAAGUCGCUGUAUGUUGUCAGCUGUGAAAACUGAAGGAAAAAACCAUGGUUUUCAACUUUUUCAAGUUUUAAAAUGCUGCUCAUUAAAAAGAGAUCUCUACAAAUUGAACCAUCUUUUUUUAAAAAGGAGGGUAUCCUGAAAACUCAACCUGUGAAGUUUAGUGUAAAUCAGGUCAAAUUUUCCUUCUGCUCAAAAAAAUUGUUUUCAACGCAAAAUCUUCACUUCUCUAGGAAAUUGAGAAUUAAAGUUGUAUGGCGAUUAGCCGCUUCUUUUUGUUUUCUGUAAAAAAAAUAAUAAAUUUGCUAAACAGAUUUAUUCUGAGUUGAAGUUUUAUUAAAAUUCUUUAAGAAGAUUUAGUUUUUUUACUCACGGUUGUCAGUCAAAAGAUGCUGAAGUGUAGCGAAGUCUGACUGUAUGAGGCAUAUUUGCAAAUUUAAAUAUUGAAGCCAAACACUCAGGUUCAAAAUUGUAAAUUUUGUAAAAAUUUAUUAUAUUCCCUAAUUUAUUUAUUCAGCAGCGCGGACCUGCGUUAAUACCGGUGUUUUAUUUUUUUAACAUUGUUAUUAGACAUGUAAGUGUCAAUAUGACAAAUCCUGUGAUCACUCUCAUUAAAUUAAGCUCUUUCCUCAGGAAUGCAUUUUAUAUUUCUAUAAUGGAUCAGUAGACGACAAGCAAAAUUAGGCACCACCAUACAUGUUUCCUGAUCAACAUUUUAUGUAACUUAUGAUGGAAGCACUUAAACUUUCCAUCUUAAAACUCAUAAGUUAGCAAAUAGUGGUUUUUUGUCUAUAUUAAUUCACACCGCUCAACAUUCCAUGUAAAAUAUGAUGGAUAAGUCAAAUUGAGCACUAGAGUAAUUUCGUUGUACUUUAUGAUGGAAAAAUUUUCCCGUGUAUCAACUCUUUUUUUUUUGAAAAAGAUGAAGAUAUAUUUUUAUCAGAAUAGGAAGGAAAUUUAUGUGAAACCAAGAUCUAGUAAUUUGCCUACGCGUAGGUCGAUUUAAUUACCGAAUUUGGCCCUUGUUGAUUAUGGGUUUUUUUUUCCAGCUUUGAAUCAGCUUUUCCGAGUUUGAAUUUUCUGUUUAUGAUGUAAAUUACCAACGUUAUUUCAAUAAUGAAUGACAAUUGUUUUUUCAUAUGUUCAACAUGUUUUGCGUAUAAUUUGGAUGCGAAAAUAUGCUCUUUAGUGCUUAGUUCCACACCCUGUCCAGAGGUCCAUUAGCUUUUUCUUAGCUUGUUAUAUUUAUGUAAGUUCCAAUUUUCAUCUCAAAAUCUUCGUACACCUCAGAAGGAGAUAAUUUAUUAUAGUUAAGUCAAAUGAAAUGCUUAGUGCCCAGUACUGGUCAGUCGAAUACCAGGUUUUAAUUCCUUGAUCUUGUAAUACUCUAUUUUGUUAGUCUCUAUUCGAAAAGUAACAUUCCAAAUGGAAGAGUAAAUGAACCCUGUCAUCAUAAUUUUUUAAAAUAAAUUAUUCAAUAAACGAAUAA